AUGCAGAACCCUCCCAAGAAACCAGAUCACACCAUUAAGCGGCGCAAGAAGGUCAAGGUCGACCGCACCAAGAGCAACGGGUACGACGAAGUCCUUCAGACCGACAUCGAUACGCUUCUCCGCAAGAACAAGCCCGCCAGCGAACCGGACGCCGAGAACCCCGAUGCCUCUCCUCCCCCUCCCACCCUUCCAGAGAACUUCACCGAGAUUGAGGUCACAGUCGCGGAGAUCUCCUCGACGGGAGAUGGGCUUGCGCUGUCCGACAACGCCGAUCACGUCUACGUCGUUCCGUUCACCGUCCCCGGCGACAAAGCCCUCGUGAAAGUCGUGCGCCACUUCCCGUCCUUGUCCUACAGUCUCACGGACUUUCUGAAAGUCAUCGAACCCGGCCCGCAACGCAAUGAUGCCGGCAUCGGGUGCCAGUACUUUGGCAAAUGCUCCGGGUGCCAGUUGCAGAUGAUGUCCUACGAGGAUCAACUGGCGCAUAAGAGGCGCAUUGUGGAGAAGGCGUACGCCAACUUCUCGGGACUGAUUCCGGAGCUGGUCCCUUCUAUCGAUGAGACGUUCCCGUCGCCCAUGCAAUACGGCUAUCGAACGAAGCUGACACCGCAUUUCGCGGCCCCCCCGGGGAACAGGAGGGGUAAGGUCAGAGUGGCGCACACAGAGGUGCCCCCCAUCGGAUUCACCUUCAAGAACCAGCGCAAGGACAUGGACAUCGAGGACUGCCCGCUGGGUACGGACAUCGUGCGACAGGGUCUCAAGAGCGAACGGAGACGCGUGGCGGAGAACCUCGGCAAAUACACCAAGGGCGCGACCCUGCUCAUGCGCGAGUCCACCACCCGCAUCCCCAAGGACGGCUCCAGCAGACCCAAGACCCCGGAAAAGAAGAAAGACGGCAGCCCCACCGACUCCGGAGACGUCAUCCGCGUCGAGCACGACCAGUACGUCGAGGAAAAGCGCUGCGUGACAGACAACAACGCCACCUCCGUCGAAUACGUCGACGACUACCUCUUCUCCAACAAAGCCGGCGCCUUCUUCCAAAACAACAACUCCAUCCUCUCCGGCUUCACAGACUACAUCCGCCAGCUCGCCCUCCCCAAAUCCAACGCCGAGGACCCCAAACCCAUCAAAUACCUCCUCGACGCCUACUCCGGCUCGGGCCUCUUCACAAUCACCCUCUCCCCGCUCUUCAAGUCCAGCCUCGGCGUCGACGUCGCCGGCGACUCCAUCACCUCCGCCCGUGAAAACGCCCGCGCCAACAACCUCCCCAACACCGGCUUCGCCGCCGCCGACGCCGCCGUCCUCUUCAAAGACGUCCCCUACCCCGCCGACCAGACCCUCCUCGUCAUCGACCCGCCCCGCAAGGGCUGCAGCGACGACUUCCUCCGCCAGCUGCUGUCUUACGGGCCCCGCAGGGUUGCCUACGUCAGUUGUAACGUGCAUACCCAGGCGCGCGACGUGGCGGUCAUGGUCCAGGGUGAUGCGGAGGGCAAGGUGCGGUAUGAGAUUGAGAGUAUUCGCGGGUUUGACUUUUUCCCGCAGACGGGCCAUGUUGAGGGUGUGGCUAUUUUGAAUAGAGCUGUCGUGUAA